GUGUUAUUUCAAAACAUUUGGGGUGAAAUUAGGUUAAGAGAAUACCGUGCGAACUUUCACGUGGCACGAUCUCCACCCCUGGAUAGGACGAUUGACUGUUUCGUCUUCGACGUCGAGCAUAACAGCGAGCAACUGCCCCGACGAAGGAACUGAAACUGGGCUUUGUCGACUGAUCAUCUUAGCAUUGAUACUUUUCGCACAUCACGUCUUGAGUUGCAACUCUGAUCUUCGUCGAUUGAGGUUUCGACAAACCUCAGUGUUACUUUCAGUGUCAAUAUUUCAUUUUGAAGUUAUCGUCCAUCACAUUUCCUUUCCCAUUUCUUGUGACGGAAAGACAAUGUUGGAAGAAAAUGCGGCUAAAGAAUGGGUGUUGGAUGCAGAGACUGAAUAUCGAUUUGAGCUAGAUCUUGGUACUUCGAUAGCUAUCACACUGAUACGGGGACGAGCAGAAAUCUUCGGUGCCGAGUUGGUCGAAGGAAAGCCAUAUUUGUUCGGCUCGGAGUGUAAAGCAGCGGUUUUCACUUGGGUUGGAUGUACUAUUGAGGUUACAGGUCAACCUCCCACAGAAUACAUCUCUGAUGAAACUCCUAUGUCUGCCUAUGGUAACCUUCACAUUGCUUUAGAGCAAAUGCGCGUCAAAGCAUUGGCGAACCUACACGGAUCCCCUGUUCCCGAAUCGGUUCACUUGGCACAAUCGAAACCACAAGCCGAAAUUUCCGCAGAGCCUCCUAGAGUCUUGAUUCUAGGACCUGAAAAUUCAGGAAAGACCAGUAUAUGCAAGAUCCUGGUCAAUUAUGCCGUUCGUGCAGGUCAAGGGUGGGCGCCUAUAUUAGCUAAUGUGGACCCAAACGAGGGUGGAUGGGCGUGUCCAGGAGCUCUAUCAGCAGCAGCAGUCCAUGGAUUUAUCCCGACAUGUUCUCCCGCAAAUCCUCUUGGCUCCGCAGCGACUUCUGCGCCCACGACAUUAUCGUCCAACGCUAUUCUUCCUUUAGUCUAUUGGUACGGCCACGCUGAAACUAAACGGAAUUUUCUAUUAAUGGACAGGCUUAUCCGAAACCUCGGAGUCAACAUCCAGGAGAAAUCUGACCAGGAUCCCGAAGGUUCCGCAGCAGGCGUCAUUGUUGACACUCCGUCUUCGUUUGGCUCGUCCUCGGGCACUGGAGUCAAUGAUCUCCGUCAAAAACUCAUUCGAGCCUGUAUCGACGCGUUCAAAAUAAACAUUAUACUUGUUGUGGGACACGAGAAACUCAAUGUCGAGAUGCAGCGUGCGUAUGGGUCGAUGUUGACGGUUUUGAAAAUACCUAAGUCUGGUGGUGUAGUUGAACUCGAUCAUAACUAUCGUGAGCGAGUACACAAGUACCAGAUGCAUGCCUACAUGUACGGAGAGACAAUGCCUUCUCCAAUUGGGAUCAGGGGUGGCACUCAAGGCGGAGAGACUUUAACGGAUUUCACCCUUGCCCCAUCUGCAAACGUCAUUAGCUUUAGUGACUUGACGAUUUAUCGGAUCGGUGCAGAAACGAUGGCUCCGUCUUCCGCGUUACCUGUUGGCGCCGCGCGCGUGGUUUCAGAGAUACAGCCCGUGCUCGUGGACCCUCUUCAGCCAGGCUCAGGUCUCCUUAAUGCCGUUCUUGCCGUUCUUGCUCCGUACCAUCCAGACGAAAAUGAGAGAUACGACGAAGAGUUGUUGGAUUUGACUGUCGUAGGGUUUAUCGUGAUAACGAAACUAGAUAUCCCUCACAAGAAAAUGACUGUUCUUUCGCCGACUCAAGGAUCUCUUGUAGGGAAGACCGCGAUUGUUGGCUCGUAUGAAUGGCAAGAUUAGUCGUCUUGCUACGUAUUGUAAUACUUGCGUAUAAAACGUUAAACUCUCGCGGCGCGCGUAUCCAGUCGCAACGGCCUAGUAUUGGCCUUACAUAAGAAAUCCAAGGGAAAAAAAUUACAAUUCAAAUUGAUUUUUCUCAUU